AUGUCCACUAACGAGACGCCGAGCUUAAGCGCCCAAGCAACGCUCAGUUCGGACGACGCGCUUCCCACUACUGCUCAGCUGUCCGCCGCGAAUUCGGCCUACGUGUUGGACAGCCACAACCAUCGGAUCGAUUUCACCACCCUCCUCGAUCGAGCCAAGACAAACAAGCUUGGCUUGGUACUCGUCUUUACGCGCCACUUUCACUGUGGCAUGUGCAAGGAGUUCGUAAAAGCCCUCGCACGAUCAAGCGUCCUCACUGACACAUCGCGAGUCUCACUUGUCGUCGUAGGUCCAGGUCAAGCAGCAGGUCUGGAGCAUUACAAGGACCAAGUCGACCGUCCACCAUUCGAGUUUUACGCUGAUCCGGAAUUGACGCUGUACCACGCACUUGGAGUGACUCGCAGAAGUCUGAACCAGGGUGACGCCUCCAAGGACCACAUCGGAUCGCAUCACCAGCAAAGCAUCACACAAACGUUCCUAAGUAGCGUGACCGAGAUCAUCAAGUCGGGAUCACUGGCACUGAAAGGAGGAGAUUUCAAGCAGCUCGGUGGCGAAUUUGUUUGGACUGCAGAGGGGAAGCCGGUCCUGGCUCAUCGUAUGCGACAUACCCGAGAUCACAGCGAGAUGAGCUGCACAGACAGUGUCACCGCAACGACACUACCCAAUCCGGGGAUUGCAGGAUCCAACCUGCUGCCAGGUAAGGUUGUCGCUAUCACCGGCGCGUCGCGUGGUAUUGGACGUGCCUGUGCGCUGGCCUGCGCUGCACACGGAGCUAGAGGUGUUAUCGUGCACUACUUUGGCGACGCCACCACGACGACUGAGGCACAAUCGCUACAAAUCGAGUUGGCACAGCUUGGUGCGAAUGCGGUGCUCGUCGCUGGUGACAUCGCCGACGCAGCUGUUGGACAGAGCAUCGCCGAUGCAGCCGAAACCGAGUUCGGUCGACUGGACGUCUUCGUCUCCAACGCUGGCAUCUGCCCGUUUAUGGGCUUCCUCGAGAUGCAAGCUUCAACAUGGCGUAAAGUGCAAGAUGUCAAUCUGAACGGUGCCUUUUUCGCCACUCAGGCCGCUGCCCGUCUCAUGGCUCGUCAAACUCCGCAGGGCGGCUCGAUCAUCGCGAUCGCCUCCAUCUCGGCUCUGGUCGGAGGAGAAUUCCAGAGCCACUAUACACCGACCAAGGCGGGUUUGAAGAGCAUGAUGGACUCGGCUGCGAUUGGAUUGGGUCCGCUAGGCAUUCGAUGCAACAGCGUUCUUCCGGGCACAAUCGAGACGGCCAUCAACCAGGAUGAUCUCAAAGAUACACGCAAGCGAGCAAGAAUGAUGGAUCGACAUCCGUUGAAAAGGCUGGGGACUCCAGAUGAUAUUGCUGGACCUGUGGUGUUUUUGGCCUCGGAUCUGGCCAAGUUCAUGACCGGUAGCUCGGUGUUGGUGGAUGGAGGGUGCUUUGUCAAUCUUCAGUAG